UGAGCUUUCCCGGGGAUUGGGCACCAAAGACGGAGUAUUUAAACGGAUACAGUGUCGUAAAGAAAUAGUUGUUACAGAGACAAGAGAGGGGAACAAGUGAUUCGGCUCCGGUUCGCACCUGUGCGUCGUGCAUGUUCUCUCUCUCUGCGGGGAUAAAAGUGCUUGAUUUUUCAAAAGCCGUUUUUACGCACGGUGACACGCCGAGCUGGAGAGACGCGGACACGGUCUUGGACGCACGAUGCUGAUCGGUACGUCAGCUCAGGGCAGCCCCCUUCUGGCUUCCCUCCCUGUCCCGGGACGGCCUCUGCAGCCUCAACUUGACCUCAAACACCUCCUGCCCUUCAGACUCAAUGGAUCCUCCCCCCUAAGCCUCUUCCCUAACUUUAACACGAUGGACCCUGUCCAGAAGGCAGUGAUCAACCACACAUUCGGCGUCCCUCAGCCCCUCAAGAAGAAACAGAUUAUCUCCUGCAACAUUUGCCACCUGCGCUUUAACUCGACGAACCAAGCAGAGGCCCACUAUAAGGGCCACAAGCACGCCCGGAAGCUCAAAGCCAUCGAAGCCCAGAAGAACAGGCAGCGACGAGCUGGCGAGGCCUUGUCUGCAGGAAGGGAGAGGGAGCGAGACAGAGACAGGGAACGAGAUCGGGACAGGAGCAAGACAUCUACAUCCGAGGCAGCUCUUCCUGCACUCAUGGAUACAAGCUUAGUGGAGGGAACAAGUCUUCAGUCUGACCAAGAACCAACCAACAUGGAGGAAAAGCUCGAGGAGAGUCCCAGGAGCUCAGUCAUGCUGACGCCUGUAUCUGAAGUUUCCUCCGUGGAGUUGGUCACUCUUUCCCCUCCUCAGAUUUCACCUUCCUCACAGCUCUCAGAGACCGCCUCAGACACCAGCGCCCCGGAGGUCCCCGAGUCGAUCGAGGCUGCAGGCCCAAUCACUGAGUCAGGCAGCAAUGCAGACACGUCCAGCAUAAUGGAGGAGCCGCGCACAGAUGAGGACAAGGACCCCAAGAAGAGCAAGGCUCACCUCCAUUGUCCUGUCUGUAAAGUCACGGUCAACUCCAUCUCCCAACUGGAAGCACAUAACAGCGGUACUAAGCACAAACUGAUGCUGGAAGGCCACAGUGUUCUGCCUCGGCGCCGGGGGAAGGUUGUGACGGCUCGCGCUGGCUGCAAGAGCAAGAGGCUGGCGAGCAAAGGCAGCGUUGGGCUGCCCAGCAAGAACUUUCAGUGUGAAGUGUGUGAGAUCUUUGUGAACUCUGAGACCCAGCUGAGCCAGCACAUGAAUAGCAGAAGGCACAAGGAUAGGCUGGCCGGAAAACCACCCAAACCCAAAUUUACCCCCCACAGCAAGAGCCAGCCAAGCACCAGCUUAGCGAACGUGAGAUGGAGUGGCUAUGCAGGCGUGGCUGUGUCUGCCAUGAAGAAAGCGUUCAGCCAGUACAAUCUCACCUCCCUCUCCUCGCAGACCAAACUGGCCUUGCAGAAGCAGCUGACCAAGGGCUUGACGACUGGCUUCCUGCCCAGCCCGCUCACUCAGCCAACUCUGUGCACAGUGGCAACUAACCCACUGGCCCUGCGCCACCCAGUGGGCGCCACCACCUUCAUCCAGACCCCGUUCCUGGGCCCUGCACUGUUCCGGCCUGCUCCGGGGCCGCUGCGGGCCACACACACACCCAUCAUCUUCUCCCCCUACUAAAGACUUUACCCACUCCCCCAUCUGAGCUCCACCCUCGUCCCUUUACCGAACCCCAGGCCCUCCUUUAGUGUGACCCACGUGACAAAGGCCACACGCAAACUAUGCAGCCUGCCUGACUUACAAAGGAAAGAGUGCACAAGUCCCGACGCUCACUAGGCCAUUAGGCCUCAGAGCUGUUCCUAUCAUAAAGGCCAAGAUCCCCCAUCAUGCCUUCUUUCUGCUCCUCUUCUCAUGACCUACGGAGCAGGACAGGCCUCCAGACAGUGACUGGUGCACAGAGGCCGCUUUUAUAGCCAUUUCAUGGGUCAAUAUGGUUUGGAUUAUGGAUAUUAUUGUGUAAUUUAUUAGAGAACAAAUAUAGAUGAGUCUAGAUGUAUGUUUAGUGUGGUUGCCACAAAAUAAGGUCCCUUUACUUGAUGCUCUUUUAAAACGUUUUUAACUUAUUGGUUUUGGGGUUUCAUGAGAGGUGGGAGGAUAAGAGGUCAUUAAAGCAGCUGAACCAGAGGCGUCCUCUUCUAUGGCUGAACAAACCGCUCUCAUUGAUCAGUGUUUUUAACUAACAAGCUUAAAGGAUCAUCUGAGGUCGGUUCAUCUUAGCAAUUAUCAGACUCACUGUGGGUGGUGUGUGAUGCUGUAACAACAUACUCUAUGUCCGUAUAUUAAAACCCUGUUCACACCAUUUCUGCACCUCCAGCUGUUUCCCCUUAGCCCUUCACUCAUACAAACUUCACUCUGAGUCACAGCCACAGUCACAGCCCUCCAGAUUUCUUUUCCCUUCCUGUAUCUGCAGGAAUAAGCACUCAUUAAGUUCCAGAAAAGGUCAGCUUGUCAUCUUGACUUUGUUUCAAUUUGUAAAUCUGGUUUCGGAAUUAUAUUUUUUCUUCUUUUUUUGUCCCUGUGCAUCAUUCUGCACCGCUGCUUGAACAUGAUGUUCUCUCAAAGCUAGGGGCAUGAAAACAUUUUUUUGCAGCUAUCGAUGUCUUACAUUGCAAAAGAACACUAUAACCCCCCCACCCCCACCCCCCCAUGCUCUUUUUCUUCUCCUUCCUCCUUCACCCCGCUGCUGCUCUUGAUUUUGUGUGGCGGGAUCUCAGCAUGAGAUGAUGAUGAUGAUGAUGAUGAUAAUGAUGAGCGGGGGGGGGGGGCGCACACACACAAUCACACACAUGAUGAAAACACAGUGAAUAACUUGGAGUCUUGAUGGGAUUUCAGAGCUCCGUGAAAAGUUUGUAUGACAGUGGGUGGGGGGAGGCUGCUACGCCACUUCUUGAUUGACAUCCUGUUGCAGUGUUGGCGCACAACGUGGGAGGGAACAAAGCACAGUGCCAUGGCAACCACAUAAAAAGCACCUUAAAACUGAUUUACUUACAAAAAGCAAUGUGUCUAUAUUCACCUUUGUUUUGCCCUUGGUCGGUGUAUUCUUUUCCCCGCCUCAUGUCAGUUUUAUCUGUAGGAAAAAAACAAUCAGGUGAGAAUGAUUACAUUGUGGUUUAUCUAUAAGACAAAUCUCACAUUUAAAGCAAUACAUUCAGUAUGUUUAUGUUUAUUAUGAUGUGUUUUCAGUGUGUCAGUGGCUUUAUCUAUUCUAUACUGUUCACACCUGUAUUACAAUGUAUGAUGUACUCCAACACAGCCAAGGGCCAACUCUGAAAUGUCAGCGAGGAGUCAUUUGAAAUGAGCGGUUGUCGUGUCGGUGCUGCCCUUGAUGCUUGAUGCUCACGGUCCGUUUCCACAUGUUGUGACUCUGGGCUCAGCCAUUUCCAUUUAUAGCUGCUCUUGCGCUGCGGACAGAGACAGAGACAGAGAGAGAGAGAGAGGGAGCUUCAGCGCCAUAUGACAUUGCUGUUUUCACUUUCCAGCGGGAGCCGGAGAACUUUUGCGUGACGUCCACUGUGCAAAACAAUGUUACGUCAGAGACAAGUGUUUGGGAUAAGUGUCACAAGUGUAGCAUCAACUGUCAUAUUGCUCUUCAUGCUGUCUCCCAUCACCACCACCCAGGACAUCUACUGAUACUCAACUCUGCCAUAAAGGACUGGCGGCAAGUUCUCAUAAGGACUCGGAGCGUACACAUCAUCCUUCCUUCAUACCAAAUCAUGUACUCUUAAAUUUACAGUAAUGGAGCAAAUCCUAUGCAUUUCUCAUUGUGCAAUAUGUAUAGUCGUCUGUGAUGCAGCAGUGCCAUCUGUCGUAAAAACCCUGUAAUUGCCAUCCAGUACUAGUGCUUCUACAAAAACCUUUGUACAUUUUCUGUUUAAGGACCCCCAAGUCUUUCUGGGUAAGCGAGGCCAUAC